AUCUCAUGCUCUGAACUAGCCUAUAGUUUUAGAUGAAACUGUCAACAUUUCAAAACGUCAAAUAAAAUGUCAUCGUGACUGUUCUUUUUCCCCCGUUUUUCGGACCAAAAUAUUUUUUCUGCUUUUACUCAGAAUUCCUACAUGCUGCCUACGCCAGCUGUAGUAAAUGUGGGGUCUUAAGGACAUCAUCAAAAUUUCAAAAUUUCUUUUCAACACAAAAUUAGAAAACAAAAAAUAAAAAUAGCACUAAAAAUAAAAACAAAACAACAAUCUAGAUUAAUGCAGCUAAAAUCCAUCCAAAUAAAACAAAACAAUCCAUCGAUUGUUGAUUAAUAAAAUGAAAUGAAAUUUUCCUGGCUCAGCUAUAUUGGAUCUGGUGGAAGUAGUUUUAGCAGUAGUACCAGCGCUAGCAGCGGCUCAACAGAUCUGAGCGAACUUUUGAGCGAUUUAUCGUUUAAGUCCGUUUAUUCGUUUGUUUUAGCCACAUCAACAGAAGCCCUGGAGCAUAUUAUUUAUUUGAUUUUGGUGUACUUGUUAGUAUGCCUGUCGCUUUACAAAUUGACAUUUCUUGAGACUGGCAGCCGUUUCUUGCGGCUGCUGAAAGUCAUCAAAAGCAUUCGGUUGCCUAGCAAACCCGCCGCUAAUAAGCGUGUGCUGUUUGUAACGUCCCAUCCGGAUGAUGAAUGCAUGUUCUUUGGGCCACUUAUUUUGGCCUUAACCAAACGCUUGGACUGCCAACCUUUUGUUCUCUGUUUGUCCAAUGGUAAGAAACAAUUAUGGGAAGAAAAUAUAAAUUGUAUUAUUAUUUUUUUUUCAUUGAUGGCAGGUAAUUUUGAGAAACUAGGCAAUGUAAGACGAGAUGAAUUGUGGAGUUCAUGUCAACUCCUGGGCAUACCUGCAUCAAAUGUUAUCCUUGUGAAUGCUACCCAUUUGCCAGACGAUCCUAAUAUCGAAUGGAAAACCGAGUCCAUUGCUGCUUUAGUGUUGAAUACGGUUGAGAGUCUUGAUAUUCAAGCGAUAUUCACAUUUGAUCGGGAUGGAGUUAGUCACCAUCCGAAUCAUUGUGCCGUGUAUUAUGCAACUGCAUCAUUAUGUUUAGCAAAUUUAUUACCCAAAGAAUGUAAAUUUUACACCCUCGACUCUGUGAAUAUUUUAAGAAAAUAUUUAUCUAUUUUUGAUUUACUGUGUACAUGCUUAAUGUCGACGCACUGGUGCAUUUUAAGCUGGAAGGAAGCAUCAAUUAUUCGUCAUGCUAUGCGAGAACAUAACUCACAAAUGAAAUGGUUCCGAUGGCUUUAUAUUUAUUUUUCUCGUUAUAUGUUUAUAAAUUCGUUACGUGAAGUUAAUUUAGCAGAUGUUGAACUUGAAAUGCAAAUUCAUGAAAACUAAAGAGAUGAACAAAAAAAAAACAGUUGAGCUUUAAAAAGAAACAAAAAAAUAAAAAAAAAUAUUUUAUUUUUUAAUCCUGUGUUGUUGCCAUCGUUUACAAUUUUAAUUUAAUAUUUAUUUCUAAAAUAUUUUAUUAGAUAAAUAAAUAUAAUAAAUAAAAAUAAAAAAAACAUCUAAAAAAAUAAAAACAAAACAAAAAACAAUGUAAAGCUUUCCCACCUUUUGUCAUGAAAUAAAAUUUAUUAAACAAAAAAAAAAUACCAACAAACAACCCAAAUGCAAAAGGAUAUGAAUAAUAAUAA